GCUCACAUGGGCGCGUAGGAACAUUGCGUUCUAGUCCGCUCGCACACAACAAGGUGGGGGGAGUUUCUUCCUUUUUAACCCUCCCUCUUUCUAGUUUACCAAGCUCUCUCCAGCACAAGGCGUGAGUCACCAAACCAAACCUGCGGACGACACACAAACACACUCCUGAUGUUUUGAGCCGCGCGGUCGUGUCUUUUUGUUUGUUGUUCGGUGCUUCGUCAAAAUUGCUCGGUCGCCAUCUUCUUCUGCCGCAAGUCGACACAUUGAUUUUCAAACACUUUUUACUUGCUCCAGUGUCUUUUUUUUCGACUGGAGAUGCCUGAGGACGUCGGACCAGCUAAACCAGGUGGAGUCAUCGCCUAUAUCUCCUCAGGCUCCGCCUCCAGCCCAGAGUCCUGCAUGAGUACCAGUCCUAGUGCCGGUGGUGGCGGCUUUCUGUCCACGUCGCCCACGCCACCCCGCCCCUCGUUGCCCAGCAGGGCUGUGGGCAUGGUGGUGGACAUCGCUCCUCCGGCCAAGGGUGGGCCCAGGGCGGGAAGUGGCGUGGAGAAAGCGGGCCGCUCGUCGUCGUCCACCAAAAGCAGCAUCACCAAAAUCAACGGCAUGGUGCUGCUGUGUAAGGUGUGCGGGGACGUGGCGUCCGGCUUUCAUUACGGCGUCCAUGCGUGCGAAGGAUGCAAGGGCUUCUUCCGGAGAAGCAUCCAGCAGAACAUCCAGUACAAGAAGUGUCUCAAGAUGGAGAACUGCACCAUCAUGAGGAUCAACAGGAACCGUUGCCAGCAGUGCCGCUUCAAGAAGUGUCUGGCCGUGGGGAUGUCCCGAGAUGCUGUCAGAUUCGGGCGUAUCCCAAAGCGCGAGAAGCAGAGAAUGCUGCUGGAGAUGCAGAACGCCAUGAACAACAUGAUGAGCAGCAACAGCCAGCUGCACAACAUGCUGCACGGCCAUCAGAGCCCUCCGCGGCCCACUGACACCAGCCCCUCGCUGUCCUCCUCCUCUGACUCGCCGUCCUGCUCCAGCCCCUCCUCCCCGCAGUGCCGCCAGGACGCAGAGUCGGUGGUCUCCAUGGACACCAACUCCAGCUCCGCCUCCUCGUGCUCGUCCGACAGCGGCGAGGACGAGGUCGGCGUGAGCCGGCAGCACCACAAUGCCUUCGAGAGGACGCAGAACCAGGAACGCCCGGCCUCACCGUCGCUCGUCGCCACCGAGACGGCGGCCGGCAGCGACGGCGGCACACAGGCGUCGCAGCAGCAGAGCUGGAACUGCUGGAACAACGACGUGGUCAUGAGGGCCUACCCGGACAGCUCGUACAGCAACAACCAACAUGUCAGCAACGCCGCCUUUAACGAGGAGAGGCGGGGGUGUCCACAGCAGCUCAGCGGCGCCCUCGUUUGUCCAAUGGACGCCCACCGGCAGCACGCUUACCACAACGGACCAAGCAACAACAGAGCACACCUGGUGUGUCCAAUGAACACCUCGCCCUACGUGGACCCCAACAAGCCCAGCCAGGAGAUCUGGGAGGAGUUCUCCAUGAGCUUCACCCCCGCCGUGCGCGAGGUGGUGGAGUUCGCCAAGAGGAUUCCGGGCUUCCGUGAUCUCCCCGAGCAUGACCAAGUGGGCCUUCUGAAGGCGGGAACCUUUGAGGUGCUGAUGGUCAGGUUCGCUUCGCUCUUCAACAUGUCCGAGCGCACGGUGACCUUCCUGAGCGGCAGGCACUACAGUCUGGACACGCUCCGGUCGCUCGGCGCCGGCGAGCUUCUCACCUCCAUGUGCGAGUUCAGCGAGAAGCUGAUGGCGCUGCGUCUCGACCAGGAGGAGAUGAGCCUCUUCACCGCCGUGGUGCUCGUUUCCGCCGACCGCUCGGGCAUCCAGGACCUGAACGCCGUGGAGGCCCUGCAGGACAAACUGAUCCGGGCCCUGCGGAACUUGGUGAUGCAGAACCACGGCGAGGAGUCGGCCACCACCUUCACCAAGCUGCUUCUCAAACUCCCAGAGCUGCGCUCCCUCAACAACAUGCACUCUGAGGAGCUUCUCUCCUUCAAGGUGCACCCCUGAUGACUUUGUGGGCCCGGCCCCUCCCCCUCCCCCUCUCUGCAUCUGACCAACCCUGUUAUGUGUUUGUUUUGCCGAAUGUAUUGCAACUUGUUUUGUGUCAAGUGGACCAUGCGGGGUUCAGAGAGAAGACCAGUACUGUAUUUAUAGCGAGGACAAGCUUACGUUGUUGCGAACAUGGAGGCACUUUUCCACUUUCUGCAGAAAGAAGAAGCUCAACUUUGCUUUAUGCAAGGAUGGAACGUUUCCUUUUGUUUCUUUUCGUUUCCUCCAGAAGCCAUGUAAUGUAAAAUGCGAGUGAAUGUGAGACACGAGACUUGCAUGUUUAUUUGCUCUUCGAGAGGCGUGCUAGCGAGGAAGCUAACGUGACGAAUGUGCUGCUAAUGCAUGGCUCAACUUCUCCUCUCGCCUCACCACGCACCAUCUUCCUCCUCUCCGUGUGUGUAGUAGUCUUGUGCUCUUUUACUUUCAUGUACUCUUGUUUUGGUGCGUGUGUGCGCUACCUCGCCCGCGCUCCGCCUGACGAUUUCUGGAACACUACAUUCGCACAAGUUCACCCUGAAUCCACCACCUGUGACGGGGCGAGGUCGCACGCAGGCCAAACUUAAUCAUGAUUAUACUUUGUGUUUUUCUAACUUUCCACUUUGUAAGAUAUUUUGUUUUUUGUUCUGUUUUUUGUAAUCAAAUGUGCUUUCUGCCUGGCACUGAACAUGAAUCUUGUCAUCCAUGAUGUUGUACUUGGCAACACUGUCACAUGUAAAUAACUAUAUAUAAAUAUAUAUAAAUAUCUCUUGAACAUAGACAAAUAUGUAUAGUAUAAAUGAAUAAAUAUUGGAGAAGAA